AUGUUGGGUCGCUUGCUCAGCACCUUCAGCCCAAGCGUCUACGCACCACGGAAUUCGACCGUCCUGGAGUCUGUCACCGAAGAGGAGCAUACCUCUGGUCUUCUCUUCCCUGAUCCUCGCCUCCUCCACCGCUCCUCCAACUCCGCCCAUGCCUUUCAAACGAGUUUCAAUUCACCCAAUGCCGCGAGCGCUGGUGGCUACGAUGAUCGUGGAGGACUAGAGCUGGAUGUCAUCAAAGACUUUAGAAUCAUUAUCGCGCAGAAUGCCAUCGGUGAUCGAGAUGAGCCGUGUAUACUGCUCGACUCCAAGGGAAAUUCUGACCCCUCGUCCACUCAUGGCUUGGGUUUGGAUCCUCAAGUCUUUGAGUCGCCAACAGGGAGGCAUUCGCGCACCUCGAGUCUGUCUCAUACUACUUCUCGGAGAGGAUCGUUACAAACAAGCCAGCCCUCACAGACUGAAGGGGGCUUGAUGUCGCAAGCCGCCAACGCCAGGAAAAUCCCCCAAGUCCCAUCUGGAGCGUUUGGUCGUGCUCGGUGUCGCAAUUCUAUCAGCUCAAUGACGUCUCCAGGUGAAGGUGCUUUUGAGCCCUAUCAUAAUCGUACAUCUCCAGAGUCUAGUGAUUCGGGCUUGCUAAAUUGCAUAUUCGGGAGCAGCGCUUUUAGCUACAAGGGAUCAUCAACUAAAAUGCACAUUCUGUCCACGGACUCUGAUUUCGGGGGUACAAUGGCAACAUCACCUGCUCCUCGUGAAAUCGAUGCCUUGGCUGGUCGACAAACGCCGCGAAGCGCCCUCGCCAGGACAUAUUCUAGUACUCAGUCAUCCGGCGGUUACUUUCUUGAUCGGCCGCAGGACAGCAAGCCGUCAUCGAAAGUCACCAUUCUCAUUACGCGAAUGUUCAGUGUCAAUUUACCGGAAUCACGAGAUUCAACGGGGGAUUCUCCAGAGGUGUCUAACUCUUUACCUCCGGAUAUGAUGUCAGACAACGGGUACCCUUUCCCUGACAUAACCAAGCGUCGCAAAAUCAAGGAAAAGAAAACUCCCAUGUAUGCAGUCGCCAUUACGAUACAAAUCCCAAUAGCGUCACGCAACAACACCCGACCGAUGUCAAGACCAAGCACGCACGGACCCGAUGGAUCGAAGCAGAUGUCUUUCUCUUUAGACUCAGACCCGCAUUGGACUAGCGCAUUCUUUGACGAUAACUAUUCACAGACAAGCCUAGACGACAGGAUUGAUUUACUUGUCGAUCACUGGGACGUGAUUACUAGAACUUUGACAUAUCUGGAAAAUCUAGCCGGGCGAGAGAUCUUAACUCUCCUAAAAAAGGUUGAUGCUCAGGUAUCCCAUGGGCCAAAGCCCAAUACCCCGAAACCUCUGAAGAUGCCAAACAUGCAGAGGACUAACCAGACAAUAAUCCAACUCCGACCAAAUGUCCUUGCGUACAACAGUAGACUCAAGGAGGAGUUACUCCUGAAUGCCCAGCGAAUCUCAGCCGCUUUACGCAUACCACGGGUCGUUCUUGGACAAAGCCGGUGGGGUGUUUGGCGCGAGGAGGCAAGAUGGAUCGCACGGCUAAUGGCAGAUAAAGAGCAUGGCCUAUUCUUUCUCGUGCUUAUCACAGCUUUUCUAGGGAACCAUACAGACUGGCUUAGUAGCUUGGGUCCUGAUUGGUACCGCAAACGCUACCACUUUCAACAAAAGACGCAACAGGACUUCGAGCCCACAAUCGCUCAUCGCACUGUCAUUGUUUCCGAAAACAAGAUGGUAGCAAGACGUUUGGUCUUUAUUUUAUCUGCUUUCCUACCCGCGAAACAUCGUUUCGACUACGUCAAUUCACCUAUGCGCCCAGGGACAUCUGCAUCCACCCGCCCACUUUCCCAGAGUCCGCCAACUUUUCCUCUCCUUCGACAGGAAUCACUUCGUCGCAAAAUAAAUCGAAGGGCUCGAGCACAAAAGCUCCAUACCGAAGAACCUGAGGUUCCUCAGAGGUCUGUCAGCGUAUCGUCUGGAGAAACUGCUCACAAGAACACCGAUGAAGUGGAAACCUCUUUCCCAAUUGACCCGCCAUUAUCAAGUCAUCGAAGGGACUCCGAUGCUCGAUCGAUCAGGACGGCUAAUCUGCCAAUUCAUGCGACGGAGGCUCGCACACGAGCUACCACAUCUACCACGACAAACAGCUCCGCCAUUCCUGUACCUCACUUCGCGUCUCGACGACGCCAAUUGCGCGAUGACUCUGAUCGGACUGGAGUUGAUGGUAGUGACAGUUAUGCAUCCGCAAAGCUUUUACAGAAUUUACGCCGGAGCGAAACCAACAACUCUGACGGAAGUACCUCGACUGGUGGUAGCAAGUGGGUAGGCAAUAUCUGGUCUGGGCUUUGGUCAGGACGACCAGAUUCCUCGAGAGGAAGCGACGGUGACCCGUCUUCCCGUCGGCCUUCAAUGACACAGACGCCAGAAAAUGAUGCCCAAUCAGAAGAUAACAACGCCGAGGGCACGAAAACCCCACUGACUAUUAACACAUCACCAAAGGGUGCUCAAAGUGCCCCUUCUACCGAUACCAUAUCUAUUGCUCACUCCUCAGCAACCGCUAAGAACAUCAUCGAUCAAGACGAAUCAGAAUUCGCUCCUACUGAUCAAGUCAAAGACUCUCCCUUGAGGCUCUCGGUACGAGGCGAUGAUGGUGUGGUGGAUGUUGACCUUCCCUUGCGGGGCUUCUUAUCUUUGUCGUCAUCCAAUGAUUCCACAUUGGCGUCCCCCAAAAAAGCGAGAACUUCGAUCACAAGUAUGGAUGCUGGAGGCUCAAUGCAGAGUAGUUUCUCCAAUAUCAAUUCUAGUCUAAAAGAUAAUGACAGCCCAGCCUUGAAUGUUAGCGGAUGGCUGAAGAGUAUUCAUGAAGAUUUCAUACUCCAAGCAGUUCGGCCGUACCACGGCAUUGAAGCGGAUGUCAAGCGGGCUAUGCUCGCUGAAUCUUUCCAACACAUUCCUGUUCCUGGCCAUGACGCGGAAAUUGCCAGCGUAACGGAUCGAUGGGUGGAAGUUGCCAGCACGUUAAUCGCCGAUACGCGCACUUGUACAGUCAAGCGUAUUCGUCUCCUGCGAAAGAUCAGUGCCAACGGAUUGGCGAAUCCUCCAAGUCCUGCUGUCGGUGCUACAUCCCGACAGGUAGUAGACACCCCUUCCACCAAUCCUCUGACUGGUUUCUUCAAUAAUGGACGUUCACGAAAGGACUCCGUAGCAACACUAGCCGAAACCUUUGACCCUGAAGAAAUCGAAACCAAGUUCGUUGACGAGCCGGUCAUGGACGUUGACGGAACCCUAGUCGACGCCAUUGAGCGAGUUUUGAUACAAAGCGGCCAGUCGUCUUUGGCGCAUUCCAGGGCUCCGUCACCGCACAGGACUAUACGUCUCGAUGAGCGACCCACUGAUGACACUCCACAUAUCGUUGAAGUUCCAAGAAGCGAGUGUCGCAAGACUGUUCUCGGAGCCUUGGAGGAGGUUGCCCGAAAUGUUGCCGAAGAACACUGUCGCGAAGAGGGUGACGUUGAUUUCGGUAUUGAUUCUACAGACAAGAAUGGAAAACGACAGCCAAUUCGUCAGGAAAACACUCUACGUGAAGGCGUGCGUAAGUGGCUCCUCGACAUUGAAGAGGCUCUUUAA